GAAUGAUGAAGAUAUUCGUAGAACACUUGGCAGUCAAGUUGUCUCUGACACUUGACAGUCACGUUGACUCCUGACUCUGGAACAGUGAAAUUUGAGAACAUUAUACGAGUUUGACAGUGAUGACUAAACAGAAGUUAACUGGAUGAAGAAUACCAUUACUAAUUAAUGUAUAUGAUAUAUUAACACAGUGCAUAUAGUUUAUGACAAAUUUGUACUUUACUAAUGACUGUUUUACUCCACCAAUGACUGUUCAGUGUUUAGUAGGCGUGUUAACAUUCCUGCCGGUAACGGUAUGCAGACUCUAGCUCAGACAUAGGAGAUUCUUAUCGUGUUCCACCGACUGGUGAUAACAUGUUGUGUAUAACAAUCUUGUUUUUAUUUAUUUACAUGAAUCGUUAAUUGUAAUUUUAAAUUUUAAAAGGUAACGCCUACGAGUACGGUUGAUGGAAAUCUAGCGUCCGCCAACCGGCGCAAUUCUUGUUCGUGAUUGACUUAGCGAUUUUUUGCCUAUUCUGAAAUAUGAUCUGAACCCCUUUAAUUACUGCUGCCUAAUUGUGGUAAUGUUUCUCUCGUACAAAAUCAUUUCCAUUUUAAUAUUUCUUUAAACCGUCUUCAUUUUAAGGAUAUGUUUUGUUUCGUGGACUGUAUAAAGUGAACGUUGUAAACUAUCAUGCUAUAACUGGAUAGUCUUGUCGAUCUACUUACCAACAAUUCUGAGGAUACAGACAGGACGUGAUUAAGUGUUUUUGGAAAAUUUUUAUCCCAAAAUGGCUUUCCUCAUGAACUCCUCCUUCUUGAGAAAGGUAACCUUCCCAUUCCAGCUCAGAGCGUUAAAAAACUCUAUGAAAGGUGAAGAUUUAGACUGGUACAAUGCUGUAGACGAUACUGUUAUUUUGGGUGCUAUACCGCUGAGAAACAAAUCUUCCUGGAUCACUGAGUUGAAUCUUGGCGGAGUUCUUUCACUGAACGAACUACACGAAAACAAGAAGACCUUCACCGUGGCAGAGUGGGCUGAACACGGGAUUACAAACAAAAAGUACGACAUAGCGGACCACAUUGGAGCUGCAUCAGUCGAACAAGCUCACGAGAUGGUGAACUUUAUACUGGAACAGGAAGCUGCCAGUAAAACUGUGUAUGUGCACUGCAAGGCGGGUAAAGGACGCAGUGCUAGCGUGGUUAUGUGUUAUUUGUGUCAGAAACACAAGGUAUCCCCAGAGGAGGCGUUCAAGAUGUUGAAGGAGAAGAGAAAACAGAUCGACCUCGGGUCAAAACAGUGGAAUCUGGUCAGGAACUAUUGUCUUGAAUAUCAGGAGUAGGGAGGAAGAUGUAUUGACAGGGAAUAUAAUGGACUGGUCGAGUUGGAGUUGUUUUUUGUUUUUGGCCGUUAUUGAGCCAAAUAUUAUUUGUGAACCAGCCUAGUGAUGGUGCUUACGGAGAUUACUCUGAUCAAAAUGAGAUACUAAAUAAGCUAAUUGGUGUAGUUGUGCACUAAUUAGAACUGUACAGUCUUCUUACCAAAUAUUGUAGAUGUAGAGUUGUAGAUGUAGAGUUGUACAUGAUUUAUUAUUUGAAGUUAAUUGCUUUAAAAUACUGAUUUAUCGUUGAUUGUCUAUAAUACGAUUUGUAUUUUGAUUUUUCUAUUUACGGGUUUUCUAAACAAUUUUAUCUUAUUUGAGAAACAUAUAGAUUAUAGGUUAUAAGUUUCGUAAAUAAACUAUAAGGUUGCAGUUUUUUUUCUCUGAGACAAAGUUAGAUAGAUUUAUCUUUGAUGAUUGCCUAGAAAGGAAACUUGAGCUUUAAAUAUGUCCAAAAUUGUAAACCUGAACACUCAAUGGUCUAAUAAGACAUAAAUAUUUUUAAAUAAAUUAUCACAAUAAUUUACCACUCCCUAAACUCUAAUGAAAUAUAAACGAAGUAUGUUGAGGAGAGAAAAGUGUCAAUAAUCCUGUGUUUUUAAGUUACUUUUGGUUUAUUAGAUAUUAAAGUCAGAUUGUUCUAUUCUCUGGGAAUGGAGAUUUUUGUUCAUUGUAAAUUGAUUACUAUUGCCUAUUUUACAUCUUCCAUUUUGU